AUGUACAAAUCUAUUACUUCCCCCGAUGAUAUUAAACUUCUUCAAAGUGAUUUAGCUACAUUUAACGAAUGGUGCAUUUCAAAUAGUCUUUCAUUAAAUAUUGAUAAAUGCCAAAUUGUUACCUACUCCAAAAAGCACACUCCCUUACAUUUUAAUUAUCAUAUAUGUGACAUUAACCUACAUCGUUCGUCAUUAUUUAAAGAUUUAGNCUCUCAAAUGCCUUUAUACCUCACUAGUCCGUUCUUUAUUAGAAUACGCUCCAAUAAUUUGGAAUCAUAACAAUGUAGGACAUAAUGAUCAACUUGAUAAAGUUCAAAAUAAGGCCCUCAGAUUUUUAUGUCAUACAUGUAAUAUUCAACGAACUCCUCAUUCUGGCUACGAUAAUAUUUUAAAAUUGUUAAACUUAGAAUCUUUAAAUGCACGGAGACACUUAUCAUACAGUACGUUCCUCACCAAAUUACUAAAUAAUGAGAUUGAUGAUUCAUUUAUAUUAAGUCAAUUAAAUUUCAAAGUUAAUAGCCACCACACUCGUAACAAUCAUUUAUUUUAUAUUCCUCAUUCAUCUAAAAAGUUUACGUCAUAUGACCCCAUAAAUAUUUUAAUGUCUUCGGGAAAUAGUUAA